CAGGAAAUAAAGUGCAAUGUGAAGUACAGUGCCAAAGCUGGACAGGAUAUAGUGCAGUGUAGACAGUAGGCCUAGUAGUUGAAGGUGGUUUACAGUAACAUAAAUGAAAUAUAAAUAGUGCAGUCAGUGUAUCAGCAGUAGCCUACUGUUAUAAGAGUAGUAAGAGUAAUGUAGAAGCAGUGUGAUUAGCAGAAAAGGCCUAUAGGCUACACGCACAGAGACUGUAUCAUCUUUAUUUAGCCUAAGGGGAGAUGGUGAAUUAGCUAAUUUCCCAAAAUGUUGAUGUGUUGCUUUAAUAGAAGGGAAGAGAAAGCCUUGAUGUAAACAGUUUGCACAACUCUGUGUUCCUCAUUUGAGAAAUAUGAUUCUCGGUCACUCCGAAGCGUAAACUGGACUGGACUGCACAGCCUAAGCACAUGAUCUAUGUUUGAUCUUAAUAGGCUACGGCAACAUAAUUGUCCUGUUUUUACAACCACAAUAAACUCGCGCGUAUGAUUCUUGCUAUGCUUUCUCACAUAAAAGUCUUCUAGCUAGCCUUAUUCGUCGAGAGCAGAGUAGGGCCGGGAGCUUUAUUCUGGAGUACACUGUUUCCUCCGUUAAGAAGUCCGUCUUCAGUAGCCUAGUCUAAUCGGUGGGUGUGUUUAUGCUCGAAAGAAUCUUAAUACACAUACAGUAGCCUAACAAGUGCAAGUCAGUGCUAAAGGCCACUGUAUGAGGUCGGCCUACGUUACUUGUGGUUGAACAACCAAAACCGCGGUCUUGAGGAACCAGGCCUAUGUGUCUUGUCUGCCUGUCCUGCUGCGCAGUGCUUUGCGAUCUGAUGGGCGGGAGUGAAGGCUUGUGCGCAGACACGGAUAUGUCUGUCGUGGCUUUCGUCUGUGUUUAGCUCCGUCCAACCGUUCAAAGCGAUAACUACGAUAAAAUAUGACCUACCGUUGGACGACUUCAAGAUCCUGACUUUGGUUUUAACAAGAGUGUGCUGAAUGGAGUCCUUUUGGACCUCGGCAUGGACGGCGACGUCUGGGAACAGCUCCAGCCAUGUGGACAACAGCACCUGUUUCAGCGCCACCCAGAGCACGGUCCUCAUGGGGAACCAGUUCGGAGGGGUGCCUGUUGUCCUCCUGCUGGACUUCAUAGUGUUUCUGGUGCUGCUGCUGCUCUUCACGAUCAUCAGGAGGAAUAUGUGGGAUUAUGGACGCCUGGCACUGGUGGCUGACAGUGAAGGCUUUGAGUCUCACCGUCGUUACGGCCGCAUGUCCUCGGUUAUCUCCAAAGGAGAGGAGCCUGAGCACGAGAGGGGUCUGUGUUCCUGGGUCUCUUAUAUCAUUAGAAUGGAUAUGGCAAUGGUGAAAGAGCGUUGUGGAGUGGAUGCGGUUCACUACCUGUCGUUUCAGCGCCACCUGAUUGUGUUGAUGGUACUCGUGUGUGUGAUGUCCGUGUGUGUCAUCCUGCCCGUCAACCUCUCCGGGAACUUAUUGGGUACUGAUCCAUACAGCUUUGGGAGAACCACCAUAGGAAAUCUGAAGGAAGGAGACCGACUGCUGUGGCUACAUACGGUGUUUGCAGUAUUUUAUCUUGGCCUGACAGUGGCACUACUGAGACAUCAUACCUCUCAGAUGAAGGGAACACCAAGAGAUGAGGCCAGAAGUACACUCUUCGUCUGCUCAGUCCCCAAAAGCGCCAGUGAAGAAGCCAUCCAAACACAUUUCACGGAGGCUUAUCCCACGUGUCAGGUGACUGAUGUCCGCCUCUGCUACGAUGUGGCUAAAUUCAUCCAACUGGCCAAAGAAAGGAAACGGGUGGAGAAGAACCUGCAGUACUACCAGAGAGCACUGGAGCGUAAUGGCAAGCGUGAGGUCAUCAACCCGCACCUGUGUGGCUAUCUGUGCUGCAAAGGGUGCCAAUGCCAGGCCUGCCAGGAGGUGGAUGCUCUAGAGUACUACAGUGGACAGGGGGAGAGUCUGCUGGAGGAAGUGAAGAAACAGAAGCAGGAAGUGCCACAGCAUCCACUUGGCAUGGCCUUUGUAACCAUGCAUACUGAAUCCAUGGCAAACUAUAUUCUGAAAGACUUCAACGCUGUGGACUGCAGUGGUGGGUGUGGCCGGGAACCACAGCCAUCAGCCAAUAGCGCGAGCCUGGACGUGAGAAAAUGGCGAAUUACACGGGCAGCACACCCCAACAACGUCUACUGGGAGAAUCUGUCGGUUCAGGGCUUCCGCUGGUGGCUGCGUGUCCUCUUCAUCAACACCAUCCUCUUCAUCAUGCUGUUCUUCCUCACCACACCCUCCAUCGUCAUCAACACCUUUGACAAGUAUAAUGUCACCAUGCCCAUCAAGUAUCUCAAUAGUCCCAUCAUCAGUCAGUUCUUGCCAACUUUGCUGCUGUGGACCUUUUCUGCUGUGCUGCCAACGAUAGUAUAUUACUCUACUGUAGGAGAGGCCCAUUGGACCAGGUCCAGUGAGAAUAUGAGUAUGAUGUAUAAACUCUACAUCUUCCUUCUCUUCAUGGUGUUGAUACUGCCCUCUCUUGGCCUCUUAAGUCUGGAUCUGCUCUUCCGCUGGCUGUUUGAUAAGACAUCUGAAGGCCGUUUGAGAUUUGAGUGUGUUUUCCUGCCGGAUCAGGGGGCAUUCUUUGUGAACUACGUAAUUGCGGCCGCCCUGAUUGGUUCAGGGAUGGAGCUGCUGCGGUUGCCAGGGCUACUAUUGUACACCAUCCGAAUGGCACUGGCACGUUCAGCUGCUGAGAGGAAGUACGUCAAGCAGAACCAGGCUUAUGAGUUCGAGUAUGGGGCCAUGUAUGGCUGGAAUCUUUGUGUGUUCACUGUUAUCAUGGCCUACAGUAUAACCUGCCCUGUCAUUGUACCUUUUGGUCUUCUGUAUCUUUUUCUGAGGCACCUGGUAGACAAACAUAACCUGUUCUUCGCCUAUCUGCCGGCCCGCCUGGAGAGGCAGGUGCACCUGGGAGCCGUCAAUCAGGCCCUCGCUGCACCAAUCAUCUGCCUGCUCUGGCUCUACUUCUUCUCCGUGGUCCGGACAGGCGUCGGGGCCGAGACGUCGCUCUUCACCCUGGUGGUCCUGUGCAUCACCAUCAUCAUCUGCAUCAGCUACUCCUGCUUUGGCCACUUCAAGUACCUCAGCCCCCACAACUACAAGAUGAAGGAUGAUGAUGAGGAGGAAGAGUGUGACAGAACACCAGCCACCUCUGAGGGCUUGGUAUACGCCCCCAGACUGUUGACCUCUGACCUUGAGCAAGACUGGUCAGACAGCUGCACUGUCCGCCAGUCAUACGGGACCACAGACUUUAGCCCCACCUCCUUGAGCACAGAAGAGGACCUAAAGGAGGACAUUCAAGAGGAGCCUUAGAUAAGGGCACUCCUAUGACUGUGGUACCCCAGGACCACUGCGACCAACAACAUGGGGUGGACAAAAGCACAGGGAGCGAGACUCUCGUCAGGAGACUUCUGAAAGCCACAGCCAAAGACUACCUGCUGAAGCCAAAGAUUAAACCAGUGCCUAAAUAGCCAGAAGACUUUUCAAAGAAAAACAAAAUCUGUCACUUAACUUGUUGGAAGUUUGUAUUAGGUGUCAUGUUAAGGCGUUAAACUACUGUAUGUUGUCUGUUCAGAGUCUCGCUGAGGUGACGGUACCUGUAGGGACAGACUACAGCCCCUUGUGUGUCAGCUGAUGCUAUGACCAGUUUGGCCCUGAUCUGUGCCAAACCACAGGGAAAUAUGUGUCCGUGUCCACUGCCAUGUGGGUCAGGGGGUUGACCAGUCCAGAGGACCUUCACAGAAAAAGUGGAGGGUGAAUGACCGAUCAUUUCAAGUGACCUUGUGCGUGUUAAAGGAAGAGCACAGAUCUUUAAGAGAAAGUCUCAUGGUACUACUCAGUGCUGUCAGUGUAUUGGGCUGCUCUAUUAACAACAACAAACUGACAUGCACUCACAUCACAUCGCUGUGCACAUAACACACAUAUAGCGCAAAACACAAUACGCAGUCGCACACAUUGCUUUUUAUCCUGUCAAUUUCAAUAAGAUAUACUACACACUCACAAACACACUUCAAGUGUCCAUAAGCAUUUCACGUUGCUCUGCCCAGCCGUAGGGACAAGGUGCCGCUCUGGGCCAGAUCUGGGCCAUCUGUGUGCCAGAGGUGGCUGUAGCUGCUGUAAGGGCAUUAUACCCCAGUGAGACCAGAGCCAUAUAAAGAGAGAGUUGCGACAACCCGGGUACAGAAAAUUCGGUUUGUGACGUGGUUCGUGUAACUUCAAGUAGUUCAAAUAGUUCCCGGAAGCGAUUUUGACUGUUCGUUAGAAUCAUAAAAUAACCGUCUUUUACUGUCUGUUAACGAGUGUUCGAUCCUAACUUCCGGGAACUAUUGUUGAGAAAAUAUGGAACAUUAGCGUCAAUGGAGUUGUCGCAACUCUCUCUUUAUAUGGCUCUGAGUGAGACCAACCCCUCUUGGCAGCUGUGCCGUAUAUGCGCGACGCGUUAUAUCUGCCAAUGCAAGUGCCUGAUAUAACCUAAACCUACUGCCAAAGCAAAUGGCAUGCCGCGUUGCUCACUUAUCUUAAACACAUAGCAAGUGUAACAAAUCAGAGCAACAUUUUGUCAAAGAGCAUCAUUAGAUAUUAAAGUUCUGCAUGGUGUUCCUUUUAUACUUUGUAUGAUAAUGCAUUUAUACUUGUUUAUAUGGUAAUAAUGUUUGUGUUACGAACAAAUAAGAAUGAUUGUAAGUUUACUGGUCUCAUUAAAUCUUAUCACCCAA